UGACUUCCGCUUUGACGUCACUACUGUAAGGAAAGAUGGCGGCGGCGUCUCUGCGUGUUGCGGGUUUUUUUCUAGGCAAAUGUGCAAACAGCUGCGCRAGUUCAAACCCUAUCACUCUGCAGUUUAGCCGACAGAUAUGCACGAGCUCUGCUCUCUGCGUGAAGAAACUGACAGUCGAACAACCGGAGGCCUUCACCGAGGAGUUCAUUCAGAAGCAGAUAGAAGAGUUUGAAAUCGGCAAACGGCACCUGGCAAACAUGAUGGGAGAAGACCCAGAGACCUUCACUCAGGAAGACAUAGAUAAAAGCAUCGCAUACCUCUUCCCCUCUGGCCUGUUUAAUAAAAACGCUCAUCCAAUCAUGAAGCAUCCUGAUGAAAUUAUUCCAAAGCAGAAAGCUGUGCAGUGGGGAGAAGACAAGCGACCUUUCCACUUCCUGUUUUACACCGGCAAACAGUCCUACUACUUCCUCAUGCAUACUGUGUACGGAAAAAUUCUGGACAUAGAAAAGAAGCAAGAUAGUCUGCGAGCUAAAGGACUCUUCUCUACUGAUCCCAAGGCAAUUGCCUUAGGAACAAGCAGGUGGCUCACAAAGGGGGAACUGGAGGUGUUAUUGGUGGAAAACGUCUCUACUGAUGAUUACAACCGUUUCAUCCAGCUGAUGACGCGCCUGUUGUCCAUGCCAUACUGCAGCCUGGAGCAGCCGUUCAUCAUGCAGUACCGCAGAGUGCUGGAGACCAAGUCCACAAAAAAACUCGUGCCGCCUCUGCAGAGGGACGAUAAGGGCGUGGCCUUCAGCACCAGCGAUGGUCAGAGGAAGACGUCUAGAUCAUCUGUUGUUCUUCGGGACUGUGGUUCAGGGAACGUCACCAUUAACGGCCUGCCGUUCAUCCAGUACUUCCAUGAGCCACAAGACAGAGAGCAGCUGAUGUUCCCGCUCCAGUUCGUGGACAUGCUGUGCCGCUUCGACCUCGAGUGCACCGUGAGCGGCGGUGGCAGGUCGAGCCAGGCGGGGGCGCUGCGGCUCGCCAUCUCCCGAGCACUGCUCAGCUUCGUGUCCGAGAGGGAGGCGGAGCAUAUGAGACAAGCUGGCUUGUUGACACCUGACCCCCGAGUAAGAGAGAGGAAGAAGCCCGGCCAGGAGGGAGCUCGACGCAAGUUCCCCUGGUUGAAACGCUGAAGAACCAGAAGCUGCAGUGAACUUUUUCAGCCGCCAGAUGGCGCUGUGCUGUUAAAGAUGGAUAAAGUGCACUGUUUAUAAAUGUGUAAAAGAAUAAAAUGCAAGUAUCUGUUGUA